CGCAUGACCGCAUCCCCGCGAUCGCCAUUUGCCAAUCAACCGUCCAUCCACCUGUUUCCUUGCCUGUUUGUCCACACCAGACACGCUCUCUCACGCCGAUGCUCCCGCCUCGUCAAGCUAAAACAGCAGCAUCUGUCGCCUCCACUUGAUACGUACGAUCCAUCCGACGUAGGGGUACGUCGUCGUGGUCCGGCGGCCACGCACGUCGACGUGUCCUCUCAUCACCUCACCGCUAAAUCCAUCGCCCUGCCGUAUAUAACACCAUCGUGCUCUGCUCGUCGUCGCCCGAGCAGAGCACCGCCGAGCUCACUGCAUGAUCGAUCAUCAUCCAUCCCACGUCUAGUAAGACACCGCCCAGCGGCGCCAUCCUUGCCGCCACCUCCGAUCCCCGCGCCAUCCGUCCUUCUCCUCCCAUGGCCGUGCACGCGCAGUACGCCGCCCACGCCUUCCCCCACGACCCCCGCGCCGUCACCAGGCCAGCGCUGGACACCGCGACAACCGCGUCGGCGCUCCUCGGCGAGCACGGCUGCGGCGGCCACCAGCUCGCCGCCGUGGUGCGGCGGCAGGUGCCCGCGGUGGGCGGCGACACUGUGUUCAGCGACCUCACCUGCAACAACAACAACAGCGACAUCGGGCCUAGGAAGCGCGCGCGGGUGGGUGACGUGGCCGGCGCGGGCCUGAUCAUGGACCUGGAAGGCCACCACGCUCUGCUGCCGCCCGUGCCGGUGCCGCAGGCGUUCGCGCCCGCGGGGGAUGUGCAGAGCAGCAGGGUGCUCUGCUCUGCCGCCGCUUCCACCAGCGGCCGCACGCCAGGCGACACCGCGCCGGCGUCGCAGGGCUUCCUCUCCCAUCUCUACCAACACGGCGUCGAGAUCGACGCGAUCGUCCGCAUCGAGACCGAGCGGCUGCGGGCGGGGCUGCAGGAGGCGCGGCGCCGGCACGCGCGCGCCGUGGUGGCGACGGUGGAACGCGCGGCGGCGCGGCGCCUGCGGGCGGCGGAGGCGGAUCUGGAGCGCGCGCUGGCACGCAACGCGGAGCUAGACGAGGAGCUGCGGCGGACGGCCGCCGAGGGCCAGGCGUGGCGGGACGUCGCCAGGAGCCACGAGGCCGUCGCGGCGGGCCUCCGCGCCACGCUCGACAACGUCCUCCAGCCGCCGUGCGCCGCCGAGGGCGAGGGCGACGCCGAGGACGCGCGGUCGUGCUGCUUCGAGCGUGAGGAACAUGGCGCCGAGGCGCGGUGCCGGGCGAGGGCGUGCAGGGCUUGCGGCGCGGCGGACGCGUGCGUGCUGCUGCUGCCAUGCCGGCACCUGUGCCUGUGCAGCGGGUGCGACGCGGCCGCCGAGGCCUGCCCCGUGUGCGCGGCCACCAAGAACGGCUCGCUCCACGUCCUCCUCUCCUGAUGACUGAUUGACGGCGAGUCCCACCGCAUUGCUUCAAAGGAGGCUCAGAUUCCAUCUUACCAAUGCAAUGGGAGUGAGCAUUUGGGUUCGAGGACAUUUCGACUGCCUCACUGGUGCUGAUCUAGGGAUCUACAGACAGCAAAGUGUGAACUCUGAGCUUGAUGAAAGUUUUUAUCGCGCAACCGUAACAGAUGGACGAGCUUGCACAGAUACAGUCGUUCCUGAGCGCAAGGUAGCUGAUCGACCGACCGUCGGUGACAGUGUCACACGCGUGUCUGCUGCCGUGAGCUAAGCAGGCCGACCGGCCGACCGGCCGACCGGCCGUCAGUGGCAGCGAGCGACGCAGCCCGUGUGAGGAAGGGUGAUGGGCACCUUUGCCGGUUCCGAAAACGAUGACAUAACAUGCGUGAUGCAAUGCAGCUAUGCAGGCCAUGCGUGAACAUCUAGGCGGUUCCGAGUUGCUACUGUCGCGUAGGAGCUCGGAUAAGAUAAACAAGCUAUGCGCCUAUGCCUCAGUAGUACACGUCUUUGAGUUUGUGGUAGAUGACAGCGUAGUCAUGUUCACGACUUGGAUUGGUACGUUGUCGCAGCAUCAAUGCAAGCGCAAGCAUCUUGCGAGUGAAUUUCAGGCCUCUGCACUUGUUUUUUUCUUCCUAAUUGGACUUUUCGUGCCAGGGAUCGAGCCAACCAGUGAAAUGAAGAGCAUCUUGCCGGAUA